AAGCCAACUACUUUCGUUCCACACUCUCAGAGGGAGAUAGAGUAUUAGAUGAAGUGCUGCCACUCCCAAAUUAAAUGAAUUGAGCUGAGUAAAGGGUCUCCAAUAUCCCAAAGUACAUAGCCAUUAAAACCUUCAAUUCAUUAUUAAGUGUACGUACGUGGCCAUGGUGAAAGCACCUCCAGAAUUAGUAGAAAGAUCCUCUAUGGCCAUGGGCAGCAGCAGAGUAGCUCAUCACCACAAUCUCAAACAUCAUUCCCAACGCCCUAAUUCUAUUUCGUCUUUCUUCUCCCCGAAGCUCUCCAUCUACAUCCUCGCUUCCUGCGUCGCCCUCUUCGUCAUCUUCCACAUCCAGUCCCUUCAAACUCCACCUGAAUCCACAUCGUCGCUGCCUUCAUGGUCUCUCAAUCUCAUGCGCCAGUGGCAGAGAGUCAUCAACACCACUACCACUGCCGCCACCGCCACAGCGGAAGAAACUACAUCCACGUCCUUCACCAACAACUACACCAACGAGCUCAACGCACUAAGAGACAAACUCCGGCAGUCAGUCACGUUUCUCCCGCUCAAGGACUUACGUUACGCCCAUGCGGCCCUCGUCGGGCACACGUGGUUCAUGAGCUCCAUGUACGACUCAAGUGACGAAGAAGGCGAGGUCCAGUACCAGCACUUCCCUUCACAGUUGUCGAGCAACAGACUCCUCUGCCUCAAAGGCCGCGACAACCAUGACGGCACCUGGAACUCAUAUGCCCUUGCGUGGCCAGACGUGCUUCCCCACAACGCAACCCUAAUGACCGGUCUGUCCUUCAUUUCCUACAACCACUACAGCUACGACAAUAUAUGGCACGGCCUCGCCGCCGUCAUGCCCUUUGUAGCGUGGCACAAGAAGAACUCAUGCGCCAAACCUGAUCGGUGGAUUUUGUACCACUGGGGGGAGAUUAGGUCCAGGAUGGCAGUGUGGCUUAGUACUCUUAUGGAGGCUACUUUUGGAGGUCCGCCGUUCGUGGAAGUGUUUAACGGGGUUGAGGAAGGGAGGGCGGUUUGUUUCGAGGAGGCGGUGGUGAUGAGGCACAACGAAGGUGGGAUGUCUAGGGAUCAGAGAAUGGAGGUUUAUGAUCUAAUGCGGUGUAAGGCCAGGGCUUACUGUAAUGUGAGUUCGGAAGGGGAAGAUCGUCGGAGGAAGAUUGGAAUGACGUUGUUCAUGAGGACAGGACCGAGAUCGUUCAAGAACGAGAGUGCGGUGGUUGGGAUCUUUGAGAAAGAAUGUGCCAAGGUUGACGGUUGCCGCUUGGUGGUGGCUCACUCCAACAACCUCACUUUCUGUGACCAGGUGAAGCUAAUGAGCAUGACAGAUAUUUUGAUGUCACCACACGGCGCGCAGUUAACCAACAUGUUCUUAAUGGAUAGAAACAGUAGUGUGAUGGAGUUCUUCCCAAAAGGGUGGCUAAAACUAGCCGGUGUAGGACAAUUCGUCUAUCACUGGAUUGCCAGUUGGUCGGGUAUGAGACACCAUGGUGCAUGGCGAGACCCGAACGGAGAACUUUGCCAGUACAGUGAAGACGAUCGCCGAUGCAUGUCCCUCUACAAGAAUGGCAAAAUUGGAUACAAUGAAACAUAUUUUUCUGAGUGGAGUAGAAAUAUACUCAAUGAAGUUAAGAAAAGGAAGAUGGAAGAAGUAGCAAAUGGUGCUCUUCUAAGUCCUACUGGCUGUUUUUGUCAUUAA